AUGGCGGCCCUCUUGAACAACUACCUAGAGAAAAAGGUCCUCGUUCUCACAGUCGACUCGCGCAUCCUCGUUGGCACUCUCGCCAGCAUCGACAACUCGACCAACUUGGUGUUACUGGGCACAAUUGAGCGUGUUAUCAACACGCCCGACGACGACGAGGCGUCUGCUGAGGUGCCCCUUGGGCUGUACCUCGUGCGUGGCGACAACGUGUGCAGCAUCGGCUUGGUGGACGAGCAGCUGGACGCGUCGAUUGACUGGACAAAGGUGCGCGGGCACGUCAUUGGAACGACGAAGCACAUAUAG